AUGCGCAUCCGGGGGGCUUUUCAAAGCCGGGCCGGGUUCGCCGGGCCGGUAAAAUGUGUGGCCUGGAUGCAUACCGCGUACGGGGUUGGCUCGCCAGACGCCGAAUACCCCACAAAUGUGGGCGGGCGCUCCGGUGAAGACACGCUUAGCCAAACCCAUGAACGCAUUUUUCAAUGCCAUCUUCAAAGUUGCAACCUCAUUGGCAUUUUACCCCGGACACCCCCCCAGAGUGUGUUUGAGCGAGCAACAAUUGCCCCUUCCCAGACUCACGAGCAUCUCUCAGUACUACAACAUAUAUAUCUGGUAAUAGAAGAUUCUAUUAACCUUUAUAAUUUCGGACGCCAAGGAAAAAAGCCCGUGGCCAACCAUUGA